GAACAAAUAAUACGGCCGAAGUUCAAAAUAAUGCUGAGGAAUUAUCAUCGGAAAAUGACUCCGAAGAAACUGAAGAGCCCCAAGAACCCCAACAAGGAAGGUCCUUAGAAAGGUCCCGAGGAUCUCAAAGAUCCAAUCCUACUCGUUCAAGUCAAUCAAAUCGAUCAAGUCAACCAAGAAGAACUGUGGAAA